ACAUGUACACAUUUCAUUUGUCAUGAUAUCUAUCGACUGAUGUGUCAUCUUUUUUGUUUGUCCAUUUAUUACUUAUUUUCUAGUGCUCUACAACAGCAAAGGAGAUAAAAGUUCAUGUUUCAAGUAGCAGAAUAGGCCUUCUUAUAAUUCAUAAAUACAAGUAUUUGUCAUAAAGGUCAGCCUUGAGGUCAAAACAGACAGUUGCCCUUAAUUUAUAGCUGUUUGGUGGCCUAGAUGUUUACCAGUACGACCUAAUCUGUUUUUAUCACUUUGUGUGGAAAAUGGCUGAGGACUGGAUUAUAUUAUUCUCUUGAGUAGACUUAUGUGUCUGGGUGUAAUAUCAUUCUAAAAAAUAUGGCGGAAGUUGAAUCUCGCAGGAAAGUGAGCUGGCAAGUAGGAGAGAAGGACAAGGGUAUUCUGAACCAUGUAGACAUCACUCCGACUCCUGGUAAAGGCCGACAGAAUGCAUUCAACUCGAGCAACAAUGGUUUCAGCGACUCGCGUCGGAACAAAAGCCCGUACAGAGCGUUCUCUGGGCGAUCGAGUCUCCCGGUGGAUGACUUCAGAAUGGCAGUGAUGAAGGGAAACGUCGAGAUGAUUCAACGCUAUCUGAAUGAUGGUGUGGCUGUCGAUACUGUCAUGAAGUCAGGAUGGACAGCCCUGAUGUACGCGGCUAGCUGCGCCAAUAAAGACAUGGUCAAAAUACUCCUGGAAAAUGGGGCUGACAUGGGCUUCCACAAAGACCAGUAUGAUGUUUUGAUGGCGGCUUGUGGCUCCAAUCAGACGAAUGCAGAUGCUGUCACAGAGUGUGUGGCAUUGCUGCUUGAUGCCGGUGCUGACGUCAACAGAUUUGACAGAUAUCACAUGACUCCAUUGAUGUAUGCUGCCCGGGAGGGUCGUGUUGACAUUAUUACAAUGCUCGUAGAAUUUGGUUCCGAUGUGAACAAACAAGACUGGCGGGGUUGGACGGCUUUAGUUUAUGCCACCAGCCGAGGCCACAACAAGGCACUUGCAGAACUGCUCAAACUAAAAGCUGAUCCUAAUACAAGGUGCUCAAAUGGUGAAACUGCUUCAGAUAUUGCCUACAGCAUGGGACACUACAAGGUGGCGGACAUGCUGUCAAAGUAUUCCAGCCAAAAUAAAGAUGAUGCCAUCCUCACUGCCAUGUCAGUAUACGAGAGGGAUGCCGGUGGUGAUUCACAAAGCAGUGAAAGCCAAGCUUUGUAUGAAAAAUACGGCGAACUGGAGAUGUUCCUCUCAGGUAUAGAACUCAGUGAUCUCAUUCCCGUUUUUCGAUCACAACGUGUGACUUUUGCCGCCUUCCUCAGGAUGACUGAUAACGAUUUACAACAGAUAGGUGUCCAAAGGAUUGGUGUGAGAAAGAAGAUCCUGGACAGCAUUCAGAGCGUCCACAAGAAACCUUGGGAGAAGUCCAGCCUACAGUCAGUCCAAUACAACAACUUCAUAAGUUGUGCAGAUGCUGUGACAAUGGUGAACAACAUCAGUAAGCACACAGAUUACAUCACCAGCACAGUCGGUUACAUCAAGGACCAGAUAAUAGCAAACGCUGCCAUACUUGCGAGAGAUCAGGAGGGGACUGGAAUGAAGAUGUUGUGUAAGAGUACUGAUCAGAGUCUCGUCAACAUUCAAGACUUAUACAAGGAAUUGAGUGAACUACGGGAACAUUUGAAUAAGGUUAAGGAUGAUCCAUGCUACCGACCAUCGGAUCUUAUCGAAGGAAAAUCUAGACGGAAAAGACAACGAUGGCCUUUCUUAGUUCUUGGUCUCGGGACUCUCGUUGGAAUAGGCAUUUGGAAAAGGGACUUCGUUUUGGAAAAAGGUGCUGGUAUUUUGACGAGAUUGACUUUCAGAUGAUGAUGUUCUUGUACCAUUUAGAGACAAACAGUUUACAACCUCUCCAAAUAUUGUAGGAAAACUUCAGGAAAACCACUGGAAUGGGCCACGAUGUCAGUUUUAAAAUGAAGAGGUUUUAUUUGAUCAGCUUUUAAAAAGGUGAAUGAAAGUUGGCAGAAAUUUUAGCUUUGUUAUGAAGACAGUCAGAGCCAGGCCGAAUCAGUCCUGGCUGCUCCACCGUGUUGCCAACAUGAUGAGAGAGAUGAGACGGUCACAGCCAGGCCGAAUCAGUCCUGGCUGCUCCACCGUGUUGGCAACAUGAUGAGAGAGAUGAGACGGUCACAGCCAGGCCGAAUCAGUCCUGGCUGCUCCACCGUGUUGGCAACAUGGUGAGAGAGAUGAGACGGUCACAGCCAGGCCGAAUCAGUCCUGGCUGCUCCACCGUGUUGACAACAUGAUGAGAGAGAUGAGACGGUCACAGCCAGGCCGAAUCAGUCCUGGCUGCUCCACCGUGUUGACAACAUGAUGAGAGAGAUGAGACGGUCACGGCCGCAAUAAAUAUAAGAUUACUUCCGCUGUGUCACUUGUGUUCAUCAGUGAAAGCACCUGUGAUAAAAUGUACUGGAAAGUUUGAAGUCUAUCACCAAACCUCACUGCAGGUGCAUUGUACAAAUCUUAAGACGAGCGUAACUGUAUUUCUUGAACAAGUACAAGGAAUAAAGAAACUUGGUUCAAUGUA